AUGCUUUUACUUGACGGCCAGGAGAACUCAUUAGCGCUGGACGCUGUUCUGGUCACUGCGAUUUCGGGAGCCCGCAAACUUGGUCUGCACCGCUUGGGUGGCAUCAAGUUGGACGCCUCUGCAUCACACUUAGCACCAUUAGAAAAUGGCACAUCAGCACUGGUGGAACCGGGACAUAUUCGAACAGAACUAGGGAUUCGCAUUUGGUGGGCACUCGUACAGAGAGAUUGGUCGCGCGGGCAAGCCCUUGGCUACUACACCAUUCAACCAUCACAAUUUAACACUCGGAUGCCGUUGCACAUCAACGAUGAUGAUCUCUGUCUGUCAGCAUGGAGGGUGACUGUCAAUGGAGAAAUCACGGAGCGGCCUCGAUCCGAGUUCACUAUGAUGUCGUAUACAGUUCACGCCCUCGAACUUGCCGGCAUUGUACGCGAAUCUAUCGAUCUAAGGGGAUUACCAACUCAGCAGCCUGAUCUAACCACUGAAUCUGCCAAGCUGCGCAAACAUAUCAACAAUAAGUACGAAAAGUACAUAGCUACUCUGCCGUCAUAUUUUCGAUUGGGGAGCACUGUAGGACUCACCGCCACUGGUCCAAUGGCAGCAAUCCCUGUGCAACGCUGGAUGCUGCACCAACAACUCUGGAGCUUACUGCUUCGGCUACAUCGAGCUGAUCUAUCAUCUCCGAUUAGCCGUGCUUCCUGUCAGCUUCUAGCCCAAAAUAUUAUCAGUACCCAGGCUCAGAUUCAGGCGCGAUGCGCUGUAUGUGGCUCGCUAUCAACCAGUGAGACUCAGCUAUUCAACGCAGCUGUUAUGUUGCUCCUCGACCUGCUCUUCACAUCUAAGCAAGGGGAUGUGGAUAGUGCAAGUGCACACCUUAGCCGAUUGAUGACUCGGGACAAGAUCAGGGAAGCGAUUGAAUUAUUGCGAACCAAAAGCCUCAUGGAAGGGUCAUCACUUCACGAUCUGCACUUGGAGCAAGUCAAAGGGUCUGCUCAGCGCAGCGUGGUUGCUCUGGAAGCCUUGAUGAAGCUUGAAGAAGGCGAUGCAGAUCACAGCAGCACCAAUAACUCAGGGAGUGCCGCUGGAAAUCGUCCCAGAGAACCAUUGGCUGCUCAAAGCUCGCUGAGACUCAGGGUUACUGAUAUUCUCAGGGCCUUGAGCGGAAGCACUGACCCUGAAAGCGCACCCGUGCAAGAGCAGCAGGCCCCCAUUGACCCCUUUUCGCCGUUUCACGUGUCGAUGCCGUUUGCCAAUGUCGCCGAUGGGUUUCAUGACUUGGACGUGCUGCCGAUUCUCUCCAACGGCCUCAGCCCAAACUUUUGGCAAUCCUUGGACUUUUCCCUGCCACCAUUUGAAUCUCACACAAAGGAUGUCUCGUUUACUACCCGAGGAGACCCGCCUGGCGCCUUUGGACUGGGUACUUCGCAACUUGCCGACUCAUAUAGUAGUACUCCUAGCAGCCGUAUGACCCACACAUCUCCUUCAUCUCUGCAGAGUGAAUCUAUCGGACUGGGUGGAGGCAGUGACUCCGCCACAACUCCCUCUAGCGCUGAUGCCUACGUUGCCGCCAAGUUUUAUUACGCCAUGGGUGAUGGGACACUGGCUCCUAUGUAG